AUGGAGCAAAACGCGGGUCAAAUCUCAGCGCUGAAAAGAAAACGCGAGUUUAUAAAGGCGGCAUGUGCGCGCAUUCGAACGUACGCAGAAUCGGUGACGCUAUUAACGCCCGAAACAAUCGCGAAUUUAGAAGUAAGAAGGGAAAGAUUGUCGAGUUAUUGGUCGGAUUACAAUAAUUUGCAAGCCGAAAUAGUGUCUCUCUGCGAAGACGAGGGAGACGAUCGCGUGUCGUUUGAGGAAGCGUUUUACGAGCUGACCGCCGAAUUACGCUGCGCGAUCACUAAUUACAACCGCACGAUAGCCGGGGGUCCAGCCAUGAUAUCCACGUCGAUCGCGCCUCCGGCCGGAGUGAGCAGCUCCGCAAGUAACGUACGGUUGCCGAAGUUAGAUUUGCCGAACUUUACGGGCAAAUACGAGGAAUGGUUUCCAUUCUACGAGAUGUUCAACUCGGUCAUAAACGACAAUCACGCGAUAAGUAACCUUCAGAAGUUUCAAUAUCUGAGGGCAUCGGUGACGGGCGAGGCGGCCAACGUGAUUCGAUCGUUAGAGUUAUCUGAGCAAAAUUAUUUGGUGGCCUGGAAUGCCUUAAAACAUCGUUACGAUAAUAAACGCGCUAUCGUGCACACGCAUUUGCGUGCUCUAUUUGAAUUGCCGAGCAUCGCGAAAGAAAACGCCUUCGAACUGCGUCGGGUGGCGGACAGUGUCGUCAAGCAUGUACAGGCCUUGAGCGCGCUACAGUGCCCCACCGAGCAUUGGGAUGAGAUGUUAAUUUAUCUAAUCUCGUCUAAAUUCGAUCCGAUCACUACGAAAGAAUGGCACGCAUCGCUGAGCGGGACGGAAUUACCCACAUACAGGCAGUUCGUGGAUUUCUUAGAACGAAGGUGCCAAUUAUUAGAAUCAAUAAAUAAGGGCGCGGUGGCGCAGACCAACGGAAGACGUUUAGCGGCUCAUGCCGCUACCACCGCUCCCGCGUGCAGCUAUUGCCACGGGGAGCAUCCCAUUUAUUAUUGCCGUAAAUUUAUUAAGUUGUCCGUCCCACAGCGGCUCGCUGAAAUUCGAAAACGGAAAUUAUGUGUGAACUGUCUACGCGGAACGAAUCACGCGGCUCGGAAUUGUAAUUCGGGUUCGUGUAAGAGAUGCGGCGAUAAACACAAUUCCCUGCUUCAUUUUCCUUCGAAAUCUAACGAUAAUUCCACGAAAACAAGAGCAGGGAACGCGUCGGCUCGAGACGACGCCGAGGAGACGACGGUUAUGACUCAUUCGUCGACUUCUCAUAAUACCGGUGUAUUGCUUUCAACGGCGGUUGUGUACAUUGUCGAUGCCAGCGGAACAAAGCAUCCGUGCCGCGUUCUAUUAGAUAGCGGCUCACAGGCUAACUUUAUAGCGCGAUCUUAUGCCGAAAGGUUGCAAUUGAGGGCAAAUCCGAGUAACAUAAAAAUAAUAGGAAUUAACGGUACAACCAGCAGCGCGAGCGAGGUCGUUGUAAUAAAGUUACAUUCACGAUUGAACGAAUUCGCCGCGACAAUAGAAUGCAUAAUAACGGAUCGCAUAACCGAGCGUCUCCCGGUGUCGUCAAUUGACAGAACGGAAAUACGGAUACCGCCGACCAUCAAAUUAGCCGAUCCAGAUUUUCACCGAAGCUCGGACAUAGACGUGUUGGUGGGUGCCGAAUUGUUUUGGCAGUUGAUUUGCGUGGGGCAAUUAAGAGCCUCCCACGCGCACCCUACGUUACAGAAAACGCACUUUGGCUGGGUUCUCGCCGGUCGUUUCGGCGGCGAGACGCGUAAGACGCGCGCCCGCGAGAUAGGAGCGUUCUGCGCGUCGGUAACCGAGUCAGAAUUGCAAAAUCAGUUAGCGAGGUUUUGGCAAUUGGAGGAGAGCUGCCGGCCUCGCGAUUCGUAUUCGAGCGUGGAACGUUUUUGCGAGAAACAUUUCCGCGACAACACGACCAGAGAUGAUCAAGGUCGGGUGAUAGUUACGCUACCAAUAAAGGAGGAUAAAAUAAGAAAGCUGGGCGAUACGCGCGACGUGGCCCUGCGACGAUUUUACGCUCUAGAAAAACGACUAGAUCGCGAUCCGAUUUUGAAGUCGCAAUAUAGCAAUUUUAUCCACGAAUACUUGUCGCUCGGGCACAUGAAAUGGAUAGAUAGCGUGAAUGACGAUGACGGAGAUUUGCCGACGUGUUACCUACCCCAUCACUGUGUGCUAAAACCUUCAAACGAAACCACUAAGUUGAGGGUGGUCUUCGAUGCUUCGUGCGAGAGUUCAACCGGAGUAUCGCUGAACGACGCGCUUAUGGUCGGCUCGACGGCACAGCAGGACUUAUUCUCUAUCAUUUCGCGAUUUCGUACGCUCGCGUUCGUUUUUUCGGCGGACAUUGUCAAAAUGUAUCGCCAGAUACUAAUCAAUCCGAAACAAACUAAAUUGCAGCGUAUAUUCUGGCGAGACCACGCCGGCCUGAUCUUACGAAUAGGCGAACUAUUAACAGUAACAUACGGAACGGCAGCCGCCGCGCAUCUAGCAAUCGAAACCCUUGAAUACUUAGCGGAGACCUACGCGAAACAGUUUCCCGUAGGGGCGGAGCAUAUAAUGCGCGAUUUUUACGUUGACGACAUGCUAUCGGGUGCCGAUACGCUCGAGGGAGCACUAAAAAUAAAGAGCGAGGUCGUUGAAAUUUUGAGUCGCGGCGCGUUUCAGUUAAGCAAAUGGUCCUCGAAUCAUGUGGCUCUGUUAGGUGAAGAUCAAAACAAACAUAACGCCGAUGUUCAAAUCGACAGGGAAUCGACGUCGCGCGUCCUCGGAAUUGUUUGGAAUCCGUCUACGGACACAUUCCGUUUCGCAAUUGAGAAGCCGGCAAACACGAAUAAGAUAACGAAACGUAUAAUAUUAUCGGAAAUCGCGAGGCUGUUCGAUCCGUUAGGCUUACUCGGCCCGGUCAUCAUAUUACCGAAAAUAUUGCUCCAAGAGAUUUGGCAAUUGAAGCUGCAAUGGGACGAAUCCAUCCCGCUGGAUUUGCAUACAAGGUGGUCCGCGUUUAAAGAGCAAUUGACCGCGCUGAAUGAAUUGAGAAUACCGCGAUUCAUCAAGGAACGCGGCGAGCAUUCGCGAUUUCAGAUACACGGAUUUUGCGACGCCAGCCAACGAGCGUAUGGCGCGUGCUUAUAUAUUCGGAGGCAAAUCGGGGAGAAUGAAUUUCGCGUCGACCUGUGGUGUUCGAGGACUAGAGUCGCGCCUCUGAAAACGAUUUCCAUUCCUCGGCUGGAGCUUUGCGCGGCGCUAUUGCUAGCGCAAUUAUGGGACAAGGCGCGAUCCUCUAUCGAAGUGGGAGAGGCGCAGUCCUUUUUGUGGUCGGAUGCCACAAUAGCAUUGCGGUGGAUUUCGUCGUGUUCGAGGAAAUGGUCGGUAUUUGUUGCAAAUCGCGUCGGCGAAAUACAACGGCUAACACGCGCUUCGGACUGGCGGCACGUGCCGUCAGCGCAGAAUCCCGCCGAUUUGUUGUCUCGAGGUAUCUACCCGCAUGAGAUUCGGAGUUCGGCAUUGUGGUGGCACGGCCCCGAGUUUUUGAGGGAGAGCGAGGCCGCGUGGCCAAGGGAUAAUCCAUACAUCUCCGAAUCUGAGAUGCCCGAGAUGCGAAGGACCGUUGCCGUCGCUGUUGCGGCAACGGCGAAUCCGUUCGUGGAGCUGGCGCACAGAUGCUCCAGCUUAAACAAAUUGUGCAGGAUCAUGGCCUAUUGCCUGCGAUUUCUCAAACCGCAUCUUCACCCGAACAGAGAAGCAGGCACUCGUGUCUCACACGAAGAAAUCUGCACCGCGCUCGACUGCUUGUGCAAGAACGUCCAGAGAGACGCGUUUUCCAGCGAGAUCCACCAAUUAGAAGGGGGGGUCUCGCUUACUUCCUCCAGUUCUUUGACUUUGUUAGCGCCAUUUUUGGACGAGCGGGGAUUGAUCCGCGUCGGGGGGAGACUGGGAAAUUCCGAAUUGUCGUACGGUGCCCGCCACCCGAUCCUACUUCCAAAAAAUCAUCGGCUUACUUAUCUUAUAAUAGAACGAGAGCACAGGCGUAACCUUCACGCGGGAUUGCAGGGCACCAUAGCCGCGGUGCGACAGAGCUUCUGGCCGCUUUCCGUGCGCUCCGUAACGCGAAUAGUUAUUUGUGUAACAAGUGCGGGAAGUUGA